AUGCCGCACGCUACGCUGCCCUCGCCGGGCUUCCAGGCCGUCAUAUUGUGUGGCCCUGGAGCUUCGUUGACCACCUUUACCUCGUCGCCAAAGGACAUACCGAAAGCGCUGUUGCCAAUUGCCAACAGGCCUAUGGUGUGGUAUCCGCUUGAGUGGUGUUACCGCAUGGGAGUCACAGAUAUCACCAUCAUAUCUCCUCCAGAGUCUUUGGAAGCCAUAGAAGCCGCAUUGUCGCGCGACCCACAUCUCACUUCGCUCCCUGCGCCCAAGCCCGAUCUUAUUGCGCCCAAGGACCUCACCCACGAAACAGGAACCGGGCACCUCUUCCGGCUACCAGAAGUGCAAGAUGCGAUCAAGAGCGAUUUUAUUGUUUUGCCUUGCGACAUCGUUUGCGAAUUGGACGGCACAGCGCUAGCCGAUGCCUGGAUGGUAGAAGAGGCCGGAUUCGGCGCAGCAACUGGCGGCGUCACAGAGAAUGGGAAAGUACCUAUCGCUAUCGGUGGCGAGAAGCUCGGCAGGAGAGGCGGUCUAGGUGUGUGGUAUCAGACCAAAGGCGAAGGCAGCAAGAAGGGUGAAGAGACGGACUUCAUCGCGACCACCCCGCUCCACACGCCCACCGUACCCCCACCAGCCGACUCGUUGCGCCGCAAUGUUUCGAACCUAGUCUACACUGCACCAACCGAUACCCUCAACGACAUCACAGAAGAGAACAAGACAUUACCGGUGCGGCAUUCGCUCAUUCGCAAACAUGGCCGCAUAAAGAUGCUGACCACCCAUCGCGAUGCACACAUCUAUUUCCUUCCCUACUGGAUCAUCGAGAUGAUCAAGAAGAACGAGAAAUUUGAGAGUGUUGCGGAAGAUGUGCUGGGCUGGUGGGCAAAGUCUGGCUGGCAAACUGGCCUGGGAGAUAAGCUCGGUCUGCGCUCAAUACUCCAGCCAGAAGACGAACCGGGCAGCGACCACGGUUCGCAAGUUAUUGAGGAAGAAAUUGACGUCGCGAAAUUUAGCUCCACCUACGUGGGCGCAAGUCAAGCACACAACACCGCCCCAACCCUUGCAUCACGAGUCCGCGAUUCUAACAUCCCCGAAGGCGUUCAGUCUUUCUCGAAAUCGAAAGUCAACGUCCCGCCAUUACUAUCAUACGUGCACCCCUCUACACCAGAUGCGCCACUGAUUCGUCGCGUCGACACCGCACACCUCCUCCUGACCAUAUCCCUCCGCCUCGCCAAACUCUCAUCCCUCGAGGAGACUAAUGGCAAUCCUGUUUCACCUUUCUCCCACCAGUUCAAAGUCGCCCACAAGAACCUCAUUCCCCGAAAAUGCCGCGUAGAAGCCGAAAACAGCCUCCUCGCGGAAAACGUGUCCGUCGCCGAAAAGACCAACAUCAAAGAGUCCUGCAUCGGCGCGAACUGCAAGAUCGGGGAGGGUGCUCGAUUACUGCGCUGUCUUCUGAUGGAGGGCGCUGAGGUCGGCGAGAACGUGCAGUUGACGGAUUGUAUAUUAGGCCGGAGAUGUAAGAUUGAGGGUGGGGAAGUAAAGAGUGAGGAAAGGACCGUGUUGAAAGACUGCGAGGUGCAGGAUGGACAAGUGGUUGAGUGGGGUACGGAGAGUAAGGGGGAGAAGUUCAUGCGAUUUGAGUUGCCGGACGGUGACGAGGGGGACUUUGGUGAUUUCGGUGAUGAGGAGGCGGAUGAUGAAGUGGGCGUUGCUCUGGGAGUGAUGUCGUAG